UCUGAUGGAAACCGUGACAAAAGUAUAUUAUGUAAUUGUGGGAUUAAUUCUGAGUUGCAAUUCGCCACCUGGAUGUUUUGCCCAGGAAAGUAUUUGUAGAACAGGAUGGGUUUACUUUGAUUCAUCUUGUUAUUUCUUCUAUACUGCUCAUCACGUGACCUGGAAACAUGCCACGAUGUUGUGUCAAACUCGAAAUACCUAUUUGGUUGCCAUAGAAACAGCAGCAGAAAACAAUUUUAUACAUACACAGGCGAAAAGGCUUGGAGGUGGUUAUUGGCUAGGGGGCUCAGACGAAUUUGUAGAGGGACGAUGGGAAUGGGCGUCUAUCGGAAAACCAUUUGAGUACACAAACUGGUACCCGGGGGCUCCAGAUAACCAGCUUCACCAUCAGGACUGUCUAAUGACGAAGGGCAACUUUCAUAAUGGAUGGUGGGAUGACGUGGAUUGUAACCAGGUUGGAAAAUUUAUAUGUGAGGAAAAUUUGAGAGGUCCUAUUAUUGGAUGACCAUGGUAACAGGCAAUUGGUUAAUGUAACAGAAGACAACGGCAUUACGC